AUGACACCGUCACUGAGCACACCCCGUCAGAGUCAGAGUCAGUCUGGCAUCUCAAGCUCGACUUCGACUGAUAAAACGGCGCCGACCUCUUCUUCAUCUUCCUCAAUCUCUAGACUCAACUCCAUCGCCCGUCACAUCUCGCCCAAAAUGGUUUCUACUACAAAUUUCCCUGCCGAAGUCGUGCCUCAAGCACCUGAAGACCCUCUCUUUGGUCUUGCACGCGCUUACAAGGCCGACGAGAGCCCCAACAAGGUUGAUCUUGGUAUCGGUGCCUACAGAGAUGAGAACGCAAAGCCCUGGGUGUUGCCAGUCGUCAAGAAGGCUGAUGAGAUCCUCCGAAACGACCCUGAACUCAACCACGAGUAUGCUCCCAUCGCGGGUAUCGCCAGUUUCACAUCCAAGGCCGCCGAACUGGUCUUCGGCCCUGACUCCGCCGCCAUCCAAGAGAAGCGCUCGACGACGUUGCAGACAAUCUCUGGUACCGGUGCAGUGCACUUGGGUGCUCUGUUCCUAGCCAAGUUCUACAAGGGUAACAAGACCGUCUAUGUCUCAAAUCCCACAUGGGCGAACCACCACCAGAUCCUCAAGAAUGUCGGCCUCUCGGUCGAUACCUAUCCCUACUUCCACAAGGAGACCAAGGGACUUGAUUUCGAGGGCUUCAAGCAGACUUUGCAAUCUGCUCCCGAGGGCUCCGUCUUCGUCCUCCAUGCUUGUGCACACAACCCUACUGGCGUUGACCCAACACAAGACCAAUGGACCGAGAUUGCUGCCAUCAUGAAGGAGCGAAACCACUUCCCUUUCUUCGAUACCGCCUACCAAGGCUUUGCUUCCGGUGAUCUUGUCAAGGAUGCUUGGGCAAUCCGCUACUUUGUUGAUCAGGGCUUCGAGCUCGUUGUUGCUCAGAGUUUCGCCAAGAACUUCGGCCUAUAUGGUGAGCGCGCUGGUUGCUUCCAUGCCGUUACCGCUCCCGCUCCUGAAGCCUCCAACACCAUCACCCGCAUCGGCUCCCAGCUGGCUAUUCUCCAGCGAUCCGAGAUCUCCAACCCACCUUUGUAUGGCGCUCGCAUUGUCAGCACUGUUCUCAACGACCGUGACCUCUUCGCUGAGUGGGAGGAGAACUUGCGCACCAUGUCAGGCCGUAUCAUCAGCAUGCGCGACACUCUACGAGCCAAGCUGGAGGAGCUCGAAACCCCCGGUACCUGGAACCACAUUACCGACCAGAUCGGCAUGUUCAGCUUCACUGGACUAAGCGAGUCACAAGUUCUCAAGCUUCGAGAGGAGUUCCACAUCUACAUGACCAAGAACGGUCGCAUCAGCAUGGCUGGCCUCAACGACAACAAUGUCGAGUACUUUGCCAAGGCUGUUGACAAGGUAGUACGAGAUGCCGCUUAG